AUGAGGAGUCCAAUUUCCAUUCUACUCUUGGCUCUCAUUAUCGCCAGCAGCCUCGGCGGCCUCGACGUUGAUGUGGAGGCGAAACCUCAAACUUGUUCACCGAGCGGCAAGCUCCGAGGCAAGAAGCCUCCGCCAAAGAAAUGCAAUCGGAUCAACAACUCCGAGUGCUGCGUGGAGGGUAAGCUGUACACGACGUACAAGUGCUCGCCGCCGGUCACCAGGCAGACCAAGGCGGUCCUCACCCUCAACAGCUUCGAGAAGGGUAAAGACGGCGGCGGGGCGUCGGAGUGCGACCACAAGUUUCAUGGGGACGAGGAGCGGGUCGUGGCGCUGUCGAGCGGCUGGUUCAACAACAGGAAGAGCUGCUUUCAGAGGAUCAGGAUUACGGCGGGGAACGGGAGGAGCGUGGUGGCGAAGGUGGUGGACGAGUGCGAUUCGACGGAGGGCUGCGACGGCGAGCACGAUUACCAGCCGCCGUGUCCCAACAACGUCGUGGAUGUUUCCAAGGCCGUGUGGGAUGCGCUCGGGGUGGCUUCUGGGGAACAGGGUGAUUUGAAGGUGACAUGGUCGUUUGUGUAA